AAUGGAGAUUUCAAUUAUUUUUCCCCUAUUUCUUUUCUCUCUGUUUCUCACUCCCACUUUUGCCAUCCAAAAGGCAAGCACACGCAAUUAUUACUUCUCUGUUUUCCCCUUUUUGAUCUUUCAAAAUCAUUCUCGGUUUUGUUUGUUGAGUCCUAAAUUCAAUCUGGUAUCUUGGGGUUUCUCUAAAUUCUCUGUUGCUAAAGUUUUUGAUUCGAGUUUCCAUUUUUUCAGUCUUAUGUAGUGUACUUGGGAGAACACCAACAUGGGAUUCAACCAAAUUCAGUUCAACUCGAUGAAUGAUGAGAUUGCCAAGGACAAGAUUUUUUACUCGUAUACUCAUUCCAUCAAUGGUUUUGCUGCAGUCCUCGAAGAGGAAGAAGCAGCAGAAAUAGCAAAGCAUCCGGAUGUCAUUUCUGUUAUCCCAAACAGGCCUAGGAAAUUGCACACAACUCGUUCAUGGGAAUUUAUGAGAUUAAAGAGAGAUGGGAUUAUCCCUUUUGAGUCGCUUUGGAGGAAAGCAAGGUUUGGCCAAGACACCAUAAUUGGCAACCUUGAUACAGGCGUUUGGCCGGAAUCAAAGAGCUUUUCCGGUAAAGGGUACGGUCCGGUCCCAUCAAGGUGGCGCGGAACCUGUCAGACUGGAAAUCAAGCAAAAUUCCAUUGUAACAGGAAGUUGAUCGGAGCAAGAUACUUUAACAAAGGUUAUGCUGCAUAUGCUGGUGGUCUGAACUCCUCUUUUUAUAAUGUGCGGGACCAUGAUGGUCAUGGAUCACACACCCUGUCUACUGCUGGUGGCAACUUUGUUCGGGGAGCUAGUGUUUUGGGCUUUGGUAAUGGGACAGCAAGUGGGGGAUCGCCUGCAGCCCGUGUUGCAGCUUAUAAAGUAUGCUGGCCCCCAAUCAAUGGCGGCGAGUGCAUGGAUGCAGACAUUCUUGCUGCCUUUGAUGCUGCUAUUAGUGAUGGUGUUGACGUGCUCUCAGUGUCAUUAGGUGGUGAUCCAGUUCAAUUUUUUAAUGAUGCAACUGCAAUCGGGUCUUUCCAUGCUGUCAAGAACGGCAUCACUGUGGUUGCUUCUGCUGGAAAUAGCGGUCCAACUCUUGGAUCUGUAAGUAAUGUAGCACCCUGGCUAUUUACAGUUGGAGCUAGCACAAUCGACAGAGAGUUCACAAGUUUUGUCGAACUAGGGAACAAGAAGCAAAUCAAGGGAAUGAGUCUUUCUGAAUCAUCUUUACCAUCUGGGAAAUUCUAUGUUCUCAUCACUAGUGCAAGCGCUAGAUCAGCCAAUGUUCCUGAAGAGGAGGCUCAGCUGUGUAAGCCGGAUACACUUGAUCCUAAAAAGGCUAAGGGGAAGAUUGUGGUGUGUCUUCGAGGGGAUAAUCCGAGAACAGAGAAAGGGGUAGAGGCUCUCCGAGCUGGAGCUGUUGGCAUGAUUCUAGCGAAUGAUGAGAUAAAUGGGAAUGAGGUUAUAGCAGAUGCUCACUUGCUACCCGCUGUUCACGUCAAUUUCACCGAUGGUCAAACUGUCUAUGCCUACAUCAACUCUACAAGGGAACCUAAAGCAUACAUUACUCCUGUAAAGACUGAAUUGGGUACAAAACCGGCUCCAUUUAUGGCUGCAUUCUCAUCUAGGGGACCUAAUUCUAUAUCGCCAGAAAUUCUCAAGCCUGAUAUAACUGCACCUGGGGUGAACAUCAUUGCUGCUUUCAGUGGAGCAGAUUCACCAACUGAAUCAUUGGAUGACAAGCGUCGGAUUCCAUUCAACUCAGACUCUGGCACUUCCAUGUCUUGCCCUCACAUUUCUGGUAUUGUCGGCCUUCUCAAGACACUUUACCCUCACUGGAGUCCUGCAGCUAUUAAAUCUGCAAUCAUGACAACUGCAAGAGUACGGGACAACAAUGAAGAGGCUUUGCUAGAUGCCUCCAACGAGGAGGCAACUCCAUUUGCAUAUGGGGCAGGGCAUGUCAGACCAAACCAAGCAAUGCAUCCUGGCCUCGUUUAUGACUUAACAAUUAAUGAUUACUUGAACUACCUCUGUGCCCAGGGAUACAACCAAAGUUUACUUAAAUGGUUCACAGACAAGCCAUACGUGUGUCCCAAGUCAUAUAGACUAACAGACUUCAACUACCCUUCAAUUUCAGUUCCAGAUUUGAGUAGACCGAUAACUAUUACUCGAAGAGUUAAGAAUGUUGGACCUCCAGGAACGUACCAUUCACACAUCAAGUCGCCUCAUGGAGUCUCAGUGUCGGUUAAACCGAUGCAUCUGACAUUUAAGAGAAUAGGUGAGGAAAAGAAAUUUAAAGUGACAUUCAAGGCAAGGAGUAAAGUACAUCCUAGAGAAUAUGUAUUUGGGAUGUUGGUUUGGACUGACGGGAUUCAUUAUGUUAGAAGUCCUCUAGUGGUAAGGCACAAGUCCAUCUUGUGAAGGAAGUAGGGGUUUUCAAUCUCAAUACUUUCAUUCAAUUCUUUUGGUUCAAAAAUAAAAUGAGAACUUGUCU